UUAUAAUUUAAGAUUUAUUAAAUUAUAUAAUUUAGUUCUAGUCAACUUUAUAGCUUGGUGAAUAAUUAAGAGCAAAUUAGUUGUGUUAAUAAUUUUAUGGAAAAGAAGGGGGAAAGGAAUUUAGUGAAAAUUAAUAAACAAUACCCAUAAUAAACCAGUAAAAUAAAUUUAAAAUAGUUAUAAAUUUUGAAAAAAUUAAAUUAACAAGGGAAGAUAGGAAAAUAAUGUCAAGUGGUUUGAGCCACUUGUCAGUGGAAGGAAUCCCCCUAUGUAAGACUAAUACAGGCCCAUUUGAUAAUCCUGAGGACUGGGAAACGCGGUUAAAUGAGGAGUUUGCAGCUUUAAUUCAGUAUGUUGAGGAAAAUAAACAAAACAACACUGAAUGGUUCACACUCGACUGUAACGACAACGGGACUUGCUGGUUUGGAGAAUGUUGGUAUGUUCACAACAUGAAAACGUAUAAAUUCCAACUAGAACUUGAGAUACCGGCAGGAUAUCCGAAUGCUCCAUUUGAUAUAAUAAUAAGAUCACUGGAGGGUAAAACUGCGAAGAUGUAUAGAGGUGGUCGGAUCUGUUUGGAUGCUCAUUUCCUUCCUCUUUGGCAGAAAAAUGCCCCUAAAUAUGGUAUCGCACAUGGCCUCGCUUUAGGCCUCGCUCCCUGGCUAGCCUGUGAAAUCCCUCAUCUUGUCAAUAUCGGUGUUCUAGAUAACUAAUCUACUAUUUUCAAUAUUAUUCUUUAGAGUUGAUUUAGAAUUCCCAUU